AUGGCAGAUAAAAAAUCGCUAGGACGUCAAAAGAUCCCUAUGGCCAAAAUAGAAAAGGAAGAAGCCCGAUACGCGGCAUUUUCAAAGCGUCGGAAAGGUCUGUAUAAAAAAGCUAGCGAAUUGAUUGGAGAAUAUGACGAUCUUGAUAUAGGAAUAAUAAUGUUUUCUCCCACCGGUAAGCCUUACUCUUUUUUUCACCGUACGGUUGAUGUUGUUAUUGAUCGCUUUUUAAAUCCAAAUACGUUGUCAAGUGAAAGUAAUAGCCUUGCUGCUGAAAACUCUCGGAACAAAGCGAAUGAACUGAAAGUUAAACUUGACGAAUAUGAUAUUCCAAAAAAUGAUGAGACUGACGAGAUGAGAUUGUGGGAAUCCAUCAAGGAAUCUGAUGUAGAGGAGGUGACAAAACAUGAGAUUUGGUUGAAGUCCACUGUUGCUGGUUUGAAAGAUCGUUUGAUGCAGUUGACAAAUGGUGCUUCUCCCUCUGCACAAUCCCCUCCUGAAGAUGCGAAUUAA